AUGACUUCAACAGCUUCUGAGGUUGACCAAGUAAAAUCCAACAAUAGAACAAGUUUCACAAGCGUGAAAGCACUAACUGAAUCACCACAACUCACUUCCCUCCCACCCUCAUACACCUACACCACCAAUUCAGAUGAUGAGAUAGUGACCGACCCAGAUGAAGAUGACCCAAUUCCUGUCAUUGAUUAUUCUCUCUUGGUUUCUGGAACACCUGAUCAACGGGCCAAAAUCAUCCAGGACUUGAGCAAGGCUUGUGAGGAGUGGGGGUUCUUCAUGCUCAUCAAUUACUUUGUGUCAAAGAGCAUCAUGGAGAAAAUGGUUGAUGAAGUUUUUGCUUUCUUCAAUCUUAGAGAGGAGGAGAAGCAAGAGUUUGCAGGUAAGGAUGUGAUGGACCCUAUAAGGUAUGGCACCAGCUCCAAUGUUUCAAUGGACAAAGUCUUAUUCUGGAGGGAUUUCCUCAAAAUAGUGGUGCAUCCACAGUUUCACUCACCUGACAAACCACCUGGGUUCAGGGAGGCAUUAGCAGAGUACAGUAGAAGAACCUGGAAAGUGGGAAAAGAACUACUAAAAGGAAUAUCAGAAAGCUUGGGAUUGGAAGCCAAUUACAUAGAGGAUACAAUGAACCUAGAUUCUGGUCUCCAAAUGAUAGCUGCAAAUCUGUAUCCACCUUGUCCACAACCCGAGCUUGCAAUGGGAAUACCCCCUCAUUCUGAUCAUGGUCUCUUGAAUCUCCUCAUGCAGAACGGGGUUAGUGGCCUUCAAGUGCUUCAUAAUGGCAAGUGGAUCAAUGUCAGUUCCACUACUAACUGCUUGCUAGUAUUUGUGUCUGACCACCUUGAGGUUGUGAGCAAUGGCAAGUACAAGAGUGUAAUGCAUCGAGCAGUAGUGAGCAACAAAGCUACAAGAAUGUCCUUAGCAAUAGUAAUUGCACCAUCCAUGGAAACUGUGGUGGAGCCAGCAGAAGAGCUUCUAGACAAUCAAAGCAAUCCUGCAGCCUACAUUGGGAUGAAACAUAGAGACUAUAUGCAACUUCAGGGAAGCAACCGGCUUAAUGGGAAGUCUGUGCUAGACAAAGUUAAAAUCUCAAUUUGA